UCUGCGAACGUGUUGCAUGCCAUCGCACUCGUCGCAGUGGUGACACGGUAAUCGACUCGAAAUGACCGACUCCGCGAUCGACGGCUGCGGGAACGGCAAUUCGGUAUAAAUAUAUUAUGCGACCACGGCGGUAGUAAACAUUUUUGAAAAAAUGAUUCUUACAAGCGUUCAAAUCGGAAUGUCGGAAAAUUGAAUAUUGAUAUACCGAGUGCCGGGACCGUAGUCUGUAGCUAUUCAGUUACACGAAGUAUUUUUACACGGUGCUGUUGCUGUGUAUAUAGACUUCAACGAGCUGAGACGCGUGCGAUCCUCUGAAAUAUGACGACAACGGGUCCUGCAGCGUUGGUCAUGCAGAACGUGUCCGAUGAUUUGGAAUACUUCGCAGAUCUGACCACGAUGGUCCAGCGGGACGCUGCAGCGGAAUUUGCGACCGUUUCGCCAGCGUCCCCCGGACACUUGUUGUCCGUCGACUACCCGUUCGCAAUCAGCAAACAGUCGACUCCGACCCCUACGGCCGUCAUCGAUUACGCGGUCAGAAACGUUUCCGUGGCUCUGUGCCAUCAGCCCACCGGCAUACCAUCUGUCGACGAGUACUUUACCGCUAUAAACCUGACAGGAGUGACGAUAUUUACGGUUGGUGCAGUGAUUGUGGUCAUGAUCCUCUACCUGUAUGUGGACACUCUGAAGUGUAUCAUCAAAAAUGCGCCACCUAUGGUUAAAACCCACUCGGCGUUCAUACUUAGCGUAUACCCGGUCGUCGCAGUGGCCACUUAUUGCGCAAUCCUAGUGCCUAGAGCCCACCUUCUGGCUGAAGCCAUGACUCAGGGCAUGUUCAUGGCUUCGAUGUAUCAGCUGUUCUGUCUAUUCAUGGCGUACUGCGGUGGCGAAGCCAAUCUCAUCGCUUCCGUAAAACCACAGUCGUUGGACAUGCAAGUGCCACCCUGUUGCUGUUGGCCAUGCUGCUGUUUUUUGCCUAAAUUCACGCUCACCAAGAAACAUCUAAGACACCUGAGAAUGUUGGUGCUACAAUUGCCCGUCGUCCAGGGUUUCGUGUACAUGGUGUUGCUCGUCAUGUGGGCUGAAGAAGAGAGCUUGUACCAAGUCAACUACAUGUACAUGCAACCGUUCAUCGUGAUAUCCAUCAUAUGCGGCAUGUGGGGCAUCUCGAUGACCAUGCGAGUGCUCGGAGAUAUCCUCAAGGAUCACGGCAUCCAAGGAAAAUUUGUGGUACUCCAACUGGUGCUGGUAUUGGCCAAGUUGCAGGGACUGGCGUUUAGAGGAGUUGUGUGGGCAGGAUGGUUACCCUGCAAGCCUCCGAUCUCGCCCACCGUCUAUGCGAAUUUGAUAUACAAUUCGACCAUGUUGUGGGAAAUGUUGGUGUUGGCCGCGUUGGCCAGGAAGCUCUACAAGAAACCGUUGCCGGACCAGUGUUUCGUCGACCCCCCGAAGAUCACCUGUUGCGUGGAUAUGCCCAGCAACCAGGAAAACAACAACAUCAUAGCCGGCACGUACAACCAGUGUUUCGACAUGAACGCUUAGAAAAACAUAAAGUCGGCGUUCGAGUUAGUAUGUAUAUCAUCAAGGCACGCGCGGAGAUGGCCGUCGUGGGCGACUCUUUAUUGGUUUUUGACUUUGACGAUGACACACACGAUGAUGUAAUCCACACGUACUUAUAUAGAUGUAUCCAAUAUCAUAUGCAUAGGCGUGCGCAGAGUUUAAUCGCAGCAGGGUAUGCGGCUGCCAAAAUGUGCUCCCCGAAAACACAGAUAAAAAUAGUGAAAUGCUCUUAUAUACCUACCUACAGUUGCAGCCUUGAUGAACAUAUUUAUUAUUUAUUAAUUAUUCGUAUUUAUUACUACUCGAACCCGGUGGCGUGCUCAGGGGGGGGGGGGGGUUAGGGGGUUAUAUCCCCUACACAUUGAACCAUAAAUCCACUUAUACUUGUGUUUUGUACUCGUUCUGAUACUACGCUACUAGCCCCAUAUUUAACUUCAAUAAAUGAUUACUUAUAACAUUAUCCUCCUCAUUGGUAUUUGUCCUACGCCUCUUAUUAGAAAAUAACAAUAGAUUUUUCAACGUUUUAUUUCCGUGGAGAAAAAUCAAAAAAACAUACUCUUAUGUCUUAAUAAAGACACGCGUUUAUCGUGAAAAGGGUGUUAUGGGAGAUUUUAUAAUAUUAUACUCUCGUCAAGGUUGGUUAAAAUUAUAUUGUAGUGAUUAUUAACAAUAAUUUAAGUCGUGAUCAUUGAUCGUACCUACUUAUACCUGUAUUUCUCUCUCUAAAAAGUGUUACCUAUAUUUCGGGACUUUGUUCGUAUGCCUUCCAACAAAUAAGUGUCUGCCCCCAGUGUUGUAUACAGGAUUCAAUAUGAGGAAUAUGGGUUCAUCAUAGUCAAAAAAAAUACUUAAAAAUAUAUUUUAGUAGUUUUAAAUGUUUGUAAAUAUAUUUAUAUACUUUUCAUGUGAUAAGGGGGGGUUGAACUCCCCUACUCCCACCCCAUGUCUACGGCAGCCCUGUCUGCACCAGCAGGGUACCUAUACUUGUAUGCGCAAGCGCAUACCCUGUAAAGUGUACACCAGAGUACCAGACUCGUCCGCACGCUCAUGCCUAUUACACGUCUUAUAUUAUAUUAUGCUAAUAGUGCUAACUUCACCGUCGCUUUACAUAGAUACCUCCUAUUCGGAAUACUGAAUUAUCUAUACUAUAUAGUAUAAUUAUUAUAGAUAGUAGUGUAUUAGUGUAUGAGCGGAUCCAAUUUUUUCGGGAUCGUCGAAAAGUGAAAAAAGCACACACAACAUUAUAUUAGUACAUUAUUAUACUUUUUACCCGACCAAAGACGCGUUUUUAUACCUACUGUACAUUUUUUUUAUUUUUAAAUAUAUUUUUACGAAACAUUUUAUCUUUUAUACAAUAUAUUUAUACAAUAUAAAUUUA